CAUUUCAGGGAAAAGAUAAAUAAGUGGUGGAAGACAGGGAGAGAACAAUUAAUUAUCAAUUAUCGUGGAGAAGUUUCCUGGAAGGAAGUAUGAGCCGUAUUACAUUUUUUUCCGUUAAAAAAUGGUCUUGGUAGAUACCUUUCUGAACAAAGGUAUUUUUCGAGACGAUUUACCGCAUGCAAAAUGGCUAUUUUUCGCCUCAUGUGCGGAAAUUGACGAGCAUAACUCUCCUAACGUUUCUGCUCUUCUCAAUUAAUUUUUGUAAAUCAUAUAAGAGGCAGUUCAUUAACCUCAAACCGAACGAGAACGUUUCCAUUUAUAUAAUUUUUCUCUGGAAUCUACUUCAACAUUUAAUCUUCAAAAUUCAGAGUUUUCUAUUUCAAAGUCCAAAUCUAAUCUAAUGUUAUGUUUCAAAUGAAUGCACUGCGCAUUUAUGUCAGGCAUGCAUGUAUAUAUACAUUCACAUAGCCAAUAAAAUUCGCUCGAAGCUGCCAUUGGUCGGUUUUGGUCCGCCAUUGGCUGAUCAACAGUAUCUCGGAUUGCUCAUUGGCCAGCUCCUGAUCCACCGAGUCUGACUUAUGGAUAAGGACAGCUUGAAAGUGUCCAGCUGAUGACGAGCAGGAGAUGCCCACAGCAAUGGCGUUUCUGAUGAUGGCUCUCAUCCUGAGAUGAUUGAAGUUACAUAUUAAAGACUCCAACUUCGUGCUUCGGAAUUUUUACUUAAUCCUCGUGAUCUUGAUAAAUGUGAGGUUGUCGAGUAGUGAAAAUGUGGAGGAAAUACCUGAACAUUUGUACAACUCUUUUGUGUGUUUUGCAAGUCCACGGUUUCAGUGGAUAUGUUACGUUGGCCCAUGAUGGACCCACUGUCCAGGGUGGCUCCAUAACUUUCCAAGCUGAUUUGUAUAAUUACGAUGGCUCCAGGCCCUCCGGAGAAUUUAUUUACACGUGGUCGGACAAUGGGGUGCCUGGAAAUGAAUACGAGUCUCCCAAGACACAAAACACAACCAGUAUUUGGAAGGUCGAUUAUCCCACUGCAUUCUAUCCUGUUGGGCAGUAUUCGGUUGAGGUAAUUGUCCAACAGUGGCACAUCAUCUUCUGGAGGGAGGAGAGUAGUCAACACAAGAGAUUUCAGAUAACUGGCCUUUUGAAUGGCAACGUCUCAAUAUCCCAAUCAAAUCACACCCUGGAGAGUUCCUACGUCUCCUCGGCAGUGGAAUCCGAGAUAAAGAUUGACUUGCGAGCGGGCGAUGCGAAUUACAUAAUCAAAAAUUCAACUCAGAUAUCGACGUUUUGGUUCGUUGAUUGCCAAUACUACGGACAGACGAGUGACUUCACGUUUCGAUACAAUUUUACCCACCCCGAUGAAACGAAAUCCAUUGAGGCUCUGGUGGUGGCCUCUCACGAGCCCCCCACGACCACUACACCUGCACCAACCACCACGACCUCCACCACUCCAGCUCCAGCGACAAAUGUUACGACAGCUAAGCCGAUCACCACGACCACAUCAAAGCCGACGACAACAGUGAAACCUUUGGUGCCGAAUAAUUCAUCUGCAGACGUGGGGAAGAAUAUUUCCCUACCUUAUGUUUGUGUGAACUCUUCUGUCGUCCCUCCAGACCCUAAGAAGACGUACGGGUAUUUCCACAGAGAUGUUCAUGUCCGAGCACCAAUAAAAAAUAUCACAGUGGAAGGAACCAACUGGUUGAAGCCUUGGGAGAUGCUCAACCUGAGUGUAAGUUGCGGUGGGUCCGGGCCCUUCGUCAAAUGCCUGGAAGUCCAUCCAGGGACUUACAACGUCACAGGAGAUGAGACCUGCGACGAUUCUAGUGGAGUGGUGCUCAAAACGUGCAACUUCUCUAUUAUCCACUUCUUCCUGGAGACUAAUGUUUACACUAUAUUAGUGAUACUUGAAAACAACGUCAGCACCGCAGUUUACCCUUUAACAAUCAAUAUCUAUGAAGUGACUGCAAAGCCCCAGCUCUCAGUCAUUGUUGUCCCAGUCUCCUGUUCACUGGCAGCAGUGGUCCUCAUCGUCUUCGGGAUAGCUUACUAUAUCCAGAGUCGUGCGAGAUUCACUGUCGAAGUCGCUGACUUUGACUUUGGCCAGAACAAUCCAGACAUGGAGUACAAGACCUUCAGGGAGCGACUCCGAGACUCAUUCAAUAGCACUGUAAGCGAUGUCCGAGGGAUUUACACACGAGCACCUUCUUACGGAAGCAUGAAUCGAUGCAAUAUCAACUCCACUGGAUAUAAGCCCCUAGCAGGCCCCGCAGCCCCCCAAACCUGAGACUCAUGAGCAACAUAAACGCACGAAAGAGAAAACAAACCCCGCAGGAAGGCGUACAGUUAAUUAUUGAUAGGUAUCACGCUAAGGUUUAUCACUUGUAGAGCAAGUCUUCAUUCCAGGUGUUAUGAAAUUAUAAUUAUUGUAUAUAAUACGAUAAUCAGGCUGUGAAAUCAAGGAAAUGCAAUUGAGAGGACGGAAUGACAACACUAAGUUUAAUAUCCAUCGAGACGAUUUUCACAAGAUUUACUCGAAAUUGUUAGUUAAAUAUUCAGAGUGUGUUUCGCAGUAUUUUAUGAAUAUUUUAUUUUGUACACAUUCUAUUUUUUAAUUAAUUCUUCCCAGACAAAAUCCCUGAACACGAAUUUCUGUAAUUCAGAUGAGAAAUAAAUUAAGAAUAUAUUUAAUUGUCAAUGUAUAUUUAAUUCAAUUUUAUAGUUCGCGAGAUCAUGUUAUUGCUUCACUGCAUAACUGUUGAUGAAACGAACUAUAACGCCUAUUUGCAAAAUUUUGUGUAAAUAAAGUCAAUAAAUGAUUGUAAAAAGGUUUAAUGUA